CAAGCGAGUUUGUAAUUCUUAUUUGAUGAUAUUUUUCCUAUGAAAGCAGUAAUUUUGUGUUAACUAUUACAACAUUACAGGUUAGGUUACAUUUAGUUUGUUGACAAGAAUGUGUGAAGAACUGAAAAUUCUGAAACAAGGCGCGGAGGCAAGGCUCUUCAUUUGCCAAUAUUUGGGCCAACCCACGCUCAUAAAAGAGAGAUUCAAGAAAAACUACAGGCACCCAGAUUUAGAUACUUCCAUAACAAAAGAACGAAUAAAAAACGAGGCCAGAGCAAUAGUUAGGUGUAAAACUGCAGGUGUAAAAACGCCUACACUUUACUUAGUCGAUUUUGAACGCAGAAGAAUUUACAUGCAACAUUUUGUACAAAGUGUCACUAUAAAAGACUUUAUAAUUAAUAUUUUUAAUAAGGUUGAAAAUGGCUCUGGGGAUAAUGCAAACAGCCUAGACGAAGUUGCUAAAAUGAUUGGUCAAACUGUGAGGAAGUUGCAUGAGAAUAAUAUUAUACAUGGAGACUUGACUACUUCCAAUAUGUUGUUGGUCCCAAAACUAUCAGUAAACAUUGAUCAGGAUUCAAAAUGGCUAAAUGUCGAAAACCUAGAGUUAGUCAUGAUAGACUUUGGGUUGUCAUCAUUUGAUUCAAGCACUGAAGAUAAAGGUGUUGAUCUGUAUGUGUUAGAACGAGCUCUGAUAAGCACCCACAAUGACUACCCUGAGUUGUUUGGUAAAAUUCUAGAUGCUUACAAAGCAUUCAGCAAGAGCAAUAUUAAAGAAAUUAUCAGUAAGUUUGAAGAAGUAAGAGCAAGAGGAAGGAAGAGAACUAUGGUUGGAUAAUGCAGAAAUAAACUAUUGUUUUAUUUAUAA